AUGGAGGCGCUCAACCUGCGCCACCUCUCCGCCGUCAUCAAGGAGGCCCCCAAGACCCCUUCCCCACUGAAGCCGAAGAGGCGCAGGAUCAUCGAGGACACAGUCGUGGUUCCCUCGCCUCCCAGGAGGUCCCGCCGGCUUGCGCAACUCCCUGAGGUCAAGUACGCUGAGAUAGCACCACACACUGCAGAUAGAAUGACAAGGUCUCCUAGAAAACCAGCUGACCUCAUCUACAUGGCAAGAAGCGGAACAAUUUCCAUGAAAGCUAGGUUGGAGGCAACAAAAAAGGCCGAGGAGCUAGAAUCACAGCUUGACCCUGGCAUCCCAUCCUUUGUGAAGGCAAUGUUGCAUUCACAUGUUGUUCGAGGUUUUUGGCUGCCUCUGAUGAUGGCAGUGAGCGAGAUGAGUGACUGCAUCACGCACAGCCGUACUAACUUAGCAGGACGUGGAAUGUGGGAUUUUGAGUAUUUUUAG